AAAUCGAGUUUUCCGUCAUCAAAGUGCCAUUGGACGCAAGACACUGCUCAGAAGACAACAACUCAGGAUGGAAGUUUCACAAUUCCUGCUAUAACUUAAUCAAGGAGAAGAAAACCUGGAAAGAAGCUGAAGACUAUUGCAGAGACCAUUAUUCUGGACAUCUAGUCUCUAUUAGAGACAUCACUGUCGAUUAUUUUCUCGAUUAUAUGCUCAAGGAUAUCACGGAUAAAAUAUGGAUUGGGAUUUCAAUAAAAGAAUCCAAUGUGCAAAAGUGGUCAUCAGGCUGGUUCGCAGGAUACACUGGAUGGAGAAGAAACAAGGAAGAUUUCACUGACGGAACCUGUGCAGCUCGUGUCAAAAGCGAAACAUGGAGUACUGACAUUUGCACUAGGAAGUACGCCUUUGUGUGCGAAAGUUCUACUGAUGUCCCACCUUCGUUGACCCCAUCAGUGAAAGAAGCUUCCUGUCGUGAAGAACCAGACGGUUGGAAAGAUCUCGGGGGUGACAUGUGCUACUUCUUCGAAACAGAAAAAGAUGUCACGUGGUACGAAGCGAGUUUCAUAUGUUUACAAAAAGGUGGAACCCUCGCAAGCAUCCAUUCUCAAGCUGAAGUAGACGUCUUGCAUCAGUUUGUGCUAUAUACCAAAAAUGAACUGCACGUGGGACUUCACCGUAAGGUACAAGGAGGAAAUGAAUUCGUUUGGUCUGAUCAUACACCUUUUGACUUCAAGAACUGGGAUUCAGGAGAACCCAAUAGGGACAUUGAAAGCUGUUCCGUUAUCUAUACAUCGCACAUGAAGUUCCACAACUACAUGUGUGAUGAAAGGAGGGGUUUCAUAUGCUCUGCCAAAAAAGUAAUACCCACAAACGGAACAAAUGAGUCAUUGGCGGAAACUCACGAAUCUGCAGAAGAUUGCGCAAGUGGUGUUGCCGUACCUGCUGUCAUUGGAUUUGUUGCUGCUGAGCUAUGCAUUCUUUGUCUCUUGGGAAUCGUUCUAUGCUGGUAUUUCAAACCACGUUGUACGGAAAGGAGAGCGCCUGAUUCUUGUGAUGUUCAAAAUCUAUCUGAGUUUCAUAAAUCAAGCAGAUACAAUGACCAAGUGUCAAGAUGCGUCGUUCAACCACAAAUCUACAACCAACCAAGUUUUGGAUAGUGAAACGUUUGCUAGGCUAUCUUUCUUCAGUGCAUUUAAUAAUUGUUGCGAAAAAUUCAUUACGUUUUAUGUUCAAGCAUCUUUCAUCUGUAAAAGCUUAUAUUGCUAAUA